CCACCAUGAGCACCGUCAGCGACCGCAAUGCGCCGCUCUCUCCAGUCUCUGUAGGCGGCAGCGAGUGGUCCUUCUCCCGCUACCAGGCCAACGACGACGGCCGCGGCUCCUAUCCCGCCCGGCCAAACAACAUCCUCACCUCGCCCCCCAACUCGGGCUCGGCGGCCUCGUCCGGGACCAUGAGCAUGAAUGGCUUCCCUCCGGGGCCGACCAACACCGGGGGCCCGUCGCCGCCGCCCUCCGUCGGCCGCUCCAGCAACGGCAUGAACAUGUACGCCAGGAGCGAGGCCGGCGGCGAGUCGCCCACCACCGCCAUCGACGAGGGCGUCCUGGCCGACCACUACGUCGCCCUGCGCGUCUUCCUCACCUCGCGCGACCCCAACAUCAAGCAGCCGCCCAACAAGGCCCGCGACAAGCUGCUGCGCCUGUCGCCCGUCCAGUUCUUCGAGCUCAGCACCGACGUCUACGACGAGCUGAUGCGCCGCCAGGCCGCCGCGCGCAUCCCCCCCAAUGCGCCCAACGUGCCGCCCGCCUUCCUGCUGCCCGAGAAGACGUUCCAUCCCAAGCGGAAUCAGGCCCGCCAGCGCCUCUCUUCGCUCGGGCCUCCUCGCUUCCGAGACCUCGCCGCCGAUGUCUUCCACGAGCUGGAGCGCCGGUAUCCGCAGUUCAUGGGCAACGACAUCCCGCGCGUGGGCAGCUCCAUGUCCAACCGCUCGGGGCCCAUGAACCGCACAGGAACGCCCGUCAACGGAGGUGACUACCCGCCCAGGGGACAGAGCCGCAUGCGAAGGCCGUCCAACGCCAGCUCCAUCAGAGGACCGCCGCCCAUCGACACCUACGGUGUGCCGCCCUCGCCCAGCAUCCCCAAUGGCAACUUUGCUCGGCCAAUGCCGCGACAUCCCACGCAGAACAACACGAUCGUACCCAAUAAGAGCACAAUGAUUGAAGAGGACGACGAUGGCGCUGAUGAUUAUGGGCUCGGAGAAUCGUCCGAGAAUGGACAAGCAUCUUCAGAGGUGAGUUUCGAUGCCAGGGCGGACAAGAAGAUCAUCGAGGACUACGAGGCGCAAGUGAAAGACUUGAAUUCCAAGAUUCAAAGCAUGCAAGAUGAAAUCAAGAAGAAGGAAGAGGAAAUCAAUAGUUUACGCGAUAACCACCAGUCCCAGGCCACCGCCAAGGAUGAAGAGAAGCAGGAACUGGCAGAAGCCCGCUCAGACCUCGAGGGCAAGCUGACGGAGGCGGAAAAGCUCAGCAACUCGCUGAAGCAGGAGCUGGAGCGCAUGCGCGAAGAACACGAAAACGAGACACGGCAGCUUCGGGAACAGGUGCGACAGAGCGUCAGCGUCAUGUCCUCUGCGAGUGUAAAUGAGGAUCUGCAGCGGGAAAACGAGGAGCUGCGACAGUCGCUCCAGCUACAGCAGCAGGUUACGGAGGAGGCGCGGGCCGAAGCUCGAGAGUUUCUGCGUGAGAUGCGGCAGCUCUCUCAGCAGAGCGGUUCUACAUAUGAGAAGCAGGCAGAGCUCGAAAAGACGAUUGAGCAGCUCGAGCGCGAGGUUCGGGAGUGGAGGAACCGCUACGCCAAGACCAAGACCCAGAUCAGAAGCCUGCGAGGCUCUUCCGCCGGAUUCAGCGUGGAUGGAGAGUCCACCAAGCUCCCGAGCGACAACACCCUGCUGGACGAGGGUGGACGGGUCAGGGACGUUCACGUCACCAAGUACCAGAUGGCCAUUGACGAGCUCCUGCAAAAGGUCCGCGACGACAACCCAGAAAACGUCAUAGACGCCAUGAAGGCAGUCGUGGUCAGCGUCCGGCUCAUUACGAGAGACCUGGACGAGUCCGCGCCGCGCGGAGAUGAAGCGUCACAGCAGCAGCAGGGAAAGCUCAGGUCGAGGAUCUCCGCCACCGCGAACAGCUUGAUUACCGUCUCCAAGAGCUUUGCGGCGAGCGCCGGCAUCACUCCCAUCUCCCUUGUGGAUGCCGCGGCGUCACAUCUGACCGUAGCCAUUGUUGAGAUGCUUAGGGCCGUCAAAAUCCGACCCACGCCCACCGAGGAGCUGGAGGACGACGAGGAUGGAAACGCAACCCCCAUCGACUCCAGCGGCUUCUUCUCCCCGCGCAGCACGGCGCGAGGAUCGACAACCCACGACGGCCUGCCUCCGGCCCCGGCUUUCAAGACUCUUGCCAACAUCAGGGCUAGCAUCGAGUCCUCGGCCUACAGCCCCGUCAACUCCCCCCGGGCAUCGGUAGAUGCGUAUGCGAAGUCGGCGCCCAACGGACACACUGAGGAGCACUACGACGGCCCAAUCGCAGGUCUGAAGACCUACCUUGAAGAACAAAACACCCUGUUGAUACCCGAGAUCCACAAUCUAGUGAACUGUGCUCGCGCGGACGGUGACAUUGGCCAAAUCUCCACGCACGUCGGCUCCAUCAAUGGCUUUGUGGAUAAGAUUGUCUCGGAGACUCGACGAUACGGACGCGGCAACAUGGUCGCCCGCCUGAGCGAGUGCCGAGACCGCCUCGUCCAAGCCAACCGCCGAGGCCAGGAAAUGGCGGCCUCUCAAGUCGACGAGAGGGAGUGGAAAGCUUGGUCCCUGAUGUUGCCACCGAUUGCGUUUGAGAUUGCCCGGGAAACCAUGGACCUUGUUGAAAUGGUGGAGGAGCUGGCGGCGUCACAAGACGCAGACGACUUUUCAUGA